UGUCUACUUAUUAUUUUGUUGCAAGAAAGAUAUGAAGAUGAAACUUAAUUCUUAUCUUCUGUGGUAUCGUUGUUUCGGCAAAUGAUAGGCCUAUAUGUUCCUCACGUGAUCUAUUCAGAGACGCAAGGUAAAUAGAAAUGCACCGUGGUGGUGGUUCAUGAAGCCUCUCGAAUACAUGUAAAUAGUCAAAUUUUAGAGUGCAGAAUGGUAAAUAAGUCACUCCUACAGUUUCUCCCCAGGUACAUCUCCAAUCUGUAUUGGGUGGGGCAGAAUGACAAAGAGGCCAGGUAUGUAGUGUCUGACUUAUCAAGAAAAGACAAAGAAAGGCGUGUUUAGUUUUGGUUACGUUUCCCUGAAAUAAAAACCGGAUCAGACCUUGGUGGAAAGAUGAGCUGGGUGCGAUAGUGCUAUAGACUAGACAGAGAACAUGGCAGGAACGGAUUCUACAAUCGUUUAUGUAAACCUGUGCGAAAACGAAGGAUGUUUGGAGUUCGAGGAAUUGAUAGAAGUACUUCGAAAUCGUUGUAUCACAGUUGACCACUCGGUCCUUCUCAAUAUUUUAUCUGACAAUGGGAAAUUUGCGGUUCCAUUGGACAAGGAAAUUAAACCAGGAACUAUGGUCGUGGCGAUAACCCAGCUGAGGGUCUGCAAGAAGCCGCAGGGAAAGUGUCCCCAGUGCAACGACUUGCACUUGUGCAGGUUUUUUAUAUGCGGAAACUGCAGAUUCGGAGAUGAUUGCAAAAAUUCCCACACCCUGGCUUCUCAACACAAUCAACCCAUUUUGAUUGACGCUGGCCUACAAAAUCUGAAUGGAAAAGAGCUUUUCCCAUUAUUACUGCAAAACGAUGCCAACUUGCUUCCUGAGAUAUGUUCAUAUUAUAACCGGGGCAAUGGUAAGCAUGGUAUCUGCAAGUUCACAAAAACUUGCAACCGCCUCCAUGUCUGUCAGCACUUUCUCCAAGGUGACUGCGAGUUUGGAGAAAAGUGUAAGAGAGAGCAUUCCUUCAACAAUCAGGUGCUGAAGAUCCUGAAAACCAGAGGUCUCAGCGAUGACAAUAUAAGAAAACUGUGCAAAAUAUACCUGUGCAAAUCCAUCAUCAACCAGCAUCUUGAGGUGACAGACCUUCUGCCAAUCAGAAGCCUCGAAAUAAAGUCCACCACCAGUGAUACUUCUACUGCCCCCCCAACCAGUGAGGCCGACCGUAAUGAAAUCUGUCUCUACUUUCUACGCCAACAUUGCAGCUUCAAAGACAAGUGUGUACGGGUGCACUACCAGCUACCUUAUAGGUGGCAGGUCCAGGACAGUGUGUCUCUUAGCUGGAUUGAUAUGCCUAACAUGGAGACCAUGGAGAGGGCCUACUGUGACCCCUAUGACAAUACAGUCAAAAACCUUGGGGGAACUGUCCGUCGUCUAUCUACGGUCUCCUCUGUCUCCAAGCCCAACUUCAUCCUCACCACUGAUUGGCUGUGGUACUGGCAGGACGAAAUCGGGAGCUGGGAGGAGUAUGGACAAGACAAGGUGGGUGAUGAUGGUGGAAGUACUGCUUCUGUCAAUUCUGGCUCUCUGGAGCGUACCUACCUAUCAGAAAUAGAGGUGGAAUCUUUCAGUGCAGGAGGACAAAAAUACACUAUCAACUUCAAAGAGAUGCAGCAGCAGAACUUGCAUUACAGAACCAAGAGAGAGGUCCGCAGACGGCCUCGCUUUGUGUCCACACAGGAGGUGCAGGACGGGAGGGUAAUCUCGAGAGGCAUCCCAGCCGCAUCCUCUUCCCUAGGCGAUUCGGUACCAGCCAACUGGGAUAAGACUGCCCUACCUAACUUUGGAUAUAAGGUCAUCCCACUGACCAGCUCCUCCCCGGAGUACAAGAAGGUUGAGAGCUGGUUCAAGGGUACCAUGAAGACCAGCUUGAUCAACAAAAUUGAGCGCAUACAAAACCCCGUGCUUUGGAAUGGCUUUCAAGGUCAAAAGACUCUGAUGAAGGCGAAAAAUGGAGGAAAGCCUGUAGACGAACGCCACCUGUUCCAUGGCACAGAAGAGUCUCUGCUGGAUCCCAUCUGUGAGCAGAACUUUGACUGGAGGAUGUGUGGAGUCCACGGCACACUAUACGGCAAAGGGAGUUACUUUGCCAGAGACGCCUCCUACUCAGAUAAGUACUCCAAGGCCCACGGGGGCCUGAGGAGGGUGAUGUUCGUGGCCCACGUCCUGGUGGGGGAGUUCACUUUGGGCAGCAGCAGCUACGCCCGCCCCCCCAGCAAAAGCACCAGCAAGAACCUCUACGACAGCUGCGUGGACUGCGCCAGGGAUCCCAGCAUCUUCGUGGUCUUUGAGAAACAGCAGAUUUACCCGGAGUACAUCAUUGAUUAUUCCUGAACACUGGGCUCUGCCUACGAAGCCACAUACAUGCCUACCCUUUGCUCUCUGUCAAUUUCUUAGACUUUAAGAGGUGCCCUGUAUCCUUUAGCUGCCAAGUUGAUCUCAUCUUUGAACCGUGUUGAAAUACUGAUUUUCUCAUUAUGGAAUUCCUUUAAUGGGGGGAGUGUAGUUAUGCAUGUCAUUAUACAUAUUAUUUUCUUUCUUAUAUUCAUAUAUUUGGGUUUAUCCGGGCCGGUGUUUUAAUCCUGUUUGUUUCACCACGGUACUGCUAAGACAAUUUGGGAACAGUUGAAAAACAAGUCUCUUGUUCCGUCUCAUGCAAACUUAAGUGAGGAACAACUGAUUAUUUAGCAAAAAUAACAAUGUCCUAUUAUGCAUUGUGGGUCAUCUUUGGCUUAGCAAGUUCAUGAAAGGCUCUACAACUCCAUGUCUUAUCUCAGGCGUAAAAGGGCAUAAAAAAUAGCAAUUACAAGUUUAAAUUUUUUAUUAGUUUUAACAAUUCAAUUAUUCAAAUCAGUUUUCUCUUUUUAUUUUUAUUUUUACAUGACAUUGUGACGUUUUUGUUUUGGGUUGAGGCUGGGUCUGGUUUCGCCUUUCUGUGUGGCAUCAUUGAUCUGGUUCAUAUAAAAUAUAAAAACAAUGGACAACAUAUUCUUGGAACUCACUUGAUGUGAAAAAAAUCAACUGUAAUCCAGUGCAAUCCCAAUGGCUGCAGCCCACCUCAUGCACAAUGCUUCACCACUGCUUGAUCCUUAAGGAGUCGGACCUGGAUCCACUGGGAGCUGCUUGGGAUAAGACUGUCGUACCAAUAAAUAAAUAGUAACCCUACAAGCCUUA